AUGACAAACUUCGGCACGUCUGCGUGUCUACAGGAAUUUGGUUUGUCUUUUUCUUUUCUUCUGCAGGGGACCCUAGAUAUAUGUAGAAAACCAUCUGCUUGUUUUACUUAUUUCUCAGAAGCAGAACAAAUUGCUGAUCUCCAAGCUGAAGUCAGCCGGAUUAAUUUGGAGACUGAAGCCCUGCAAAUGGAAAAAGAUACAGCAGAUAUUACUCAUCCAUUUUAUCUUACUCAGAAGUGCCAGGCUUUGCAAGCGAUGAACAGGCACCUGGAUGCAGUGCUAAAGAGCAAAAGAGCUCUGAGGCAAAGGCUGGUUAAACCACUGUGUCGAGAAAGUCUGCCUAUAGAAGCUGCCUUCCAUAGAGAUGUGGUACAAUUGCUGGCACUGGCAGUAGCUUUUAUUGAAAAAUUAGAAUCCCACUUUCUUACUGUAAGAAGAAUCCCUCAAAUACCUGAAAACAUUAGAAAUAUGAGUAGUGCAUUAGCAAAGAUGGACUUAUUGGUAACAGAGAUCGAAGAACUGGCAGAACAAAUCUUGGAGUGGAGAGAGAAACAAAAAGGAAUCUUUGAAAAUACACAACUGAUUGCUGGAUUAGAUUGUUCUUUCAAAAGCAUACGAUAAUACAUUUAUUUUUCUCUUUUCCUAUUCCAAGGCUAACAAUUUUUUAAUAAAAUACACAUGCAUUUUAUUUUUGUUUUCAGAUGUAUAACUAUUUGCAUCAUGAUUCUGAAAUGAAUAUUUAUAUAUGGAAAUAGUGUUGUAUGGAAACUGGUGACAGAUAUUAAAUUACUGAGAAUUUCUCUUAAGUGCCUGAGGGAUGUUUUAAGGAAAGGUUGUAAUAACACUGUCUUAAAUAACAUCUCUUUUAGGUAUAUAUGUGUUAUUUUUAGCAAGCAAAUAA